AUGGGGCAGGGUGCCACAGUAUGCUCCCCACAGUUCCCAGGGGGCAGUGACAAUUACCUGGCCAUCACCGGCACCGCGCACCCCUUCCUCACCGGCGCCGAGACCUUCCACACGCCGAGCCUGGGCGACGAGGAGUUCGAGCUGCCCCCCAUCUCCCUGGAGGCCGACCCCUCGCUGGCCGUGGCCGUGGGGCACUUCGAGGACCUGGGCGAGCCGGGGGGGGCGGGGGGGGCAGGCGUGGCCACCGACCCCCCCUUCCCUGCCCCCCAUCACCCCCACCAUCCCCCCCCACCGCCCCCCAGCGCUCACUAUGGGGGGGUGCAGGCGCUGGACAUGGCCGUGGGCAUCGGGCACGGGCUCAUGGAGCAAGGAGCUGGGCUGCUGGCGGGGGGGCUCGCCAUGGAGCUGGAGCACACCAUGAGCCCCCAGUACAGCGCCGCCCCCCCCGUCACCAUCGACGUGCCCAUGGCGGCCCUGAGCCCGGGGGGGCUGCUGGCGCCGGGCCAGCUGACCACCAUCGACCAAUCGGAGCUCAGCUCUCAGCUGGGGCUCAGCCUGGGAGCCAAUGGGGCGCCGGGAUCUAGCGGGGGCGCCGCCACCCCCCCCCCACCGCAGCCACCACCACCCCCCCCACCGGCGGCGUCACCGGAGGAGCGGCUCUCGCCCCCCCCGUCCCCCACGGGCUCCGGGCACGAGGAGGAGGCCGAGGACUUCCGCAGGGUGAGGAGACCCAAAACGGCCCAAAAUGACCCAACACGCCGGGGGAAGCCCCCCAAGAAGGCCAAGAAGAAGAAGGACCCCAACGAGCCGCAGAAGCCGGUGUCCGCCUACGCCCUCUUCUUCCGCGACACCCAGGCCGCCAUCAAGGGCCAGAACCCCAACGCCACCUUCGGGGAGGUCUCCAAGAUCGUGGCCUCCAUGUGGGACAGCCUGGGCGAGGAGCAGAAACAGGUGUACAAGAGGAAGACGGAGGCCGCCAAGAAGGAAUACCUGAAGGCCCUGGCCGCCUACCGAGCCAUCUUGGUGCGCCCCAGAGGGAUGGGAUUUGGGCUCAAUUCACCCCAGUUUGGGCCCCCCAUUGCUACAAUUAUAUUCUGCCCACCACGGACCCAUUUGGGGUUGAAUUUCCCCCCAAUUUGGAUCCUCAUCCCCAAGCAGCUCCUGGCCCCCUCGGUGCUCGCCGUCAUCCCGGUGCCGCCGCGCCCGCCGGUGCCGCGCCUCCACCCCCCCCCCUUGCAGCAGAUGCCGGUGCCCCCGCCCCCCAACCAAGGGGGGGCGCUCCUCCAGGCGCCCCCCCCCCUCCAGGCCAUGCAGCAACCGGUGCCCGGCACCGCCACGGCCCCGCCGCCGCGGUUGAGGUUGACCCUGCCCCCACCCCCCACCCCCACCCCCCCCACCCCCCCCCAUCCCCCCGUGCACAUCAAGAUCCUGCCCCCCCUGCGCGUGCUGGCGGCCCCCGGCAAGGACGGCGGCGCCGCGGCGGCGGGAGGAGGAGGAGGAGGAGGAGGAGGAGAGGAGGAGGCGGCCGUGGAGGAAGAGGUGGUGGAGAUGGUGGGGGGGGAGUUCGGCAGCGAGGCUGAGUCCCCCCCAGGCCUCGCAGUGGAGCUGGUACCCGAGGACCCCCCCCCUGCGCGCUGCAUCCGUGCGGGAUGCGGGAACGCGCCCGUGGCCAGCGGGGACUGGGAUGAGGAAUACUGCAGCAGUGAGUGCGUGGUCAGGCACUGCCGGUGGGUACCACAAACACCCAAAAACACC